UCCUGUGAGGCUGCACCAUGGGUGUGGACACGGACCGUUUUGUCAGCCAAGUGAACGACGGACUCCUCUGUUCUAUCUGCAGGGACGUUUUGGAGGAACCCUUACAGGGCUGCCUAACAGUUUGUACUAUGGAAAGCCUGCGAUCCCAUGAAACAGCAUGUGACCACGCAACAGUUACCUGCCCAUUCGAAGAUUGUGCCCUGUCGAUGACGCGACGUGAGCUGGAGGAACACGUGCUGUUGUGUCACACAAGUAGGAUGACGUCACAUGCCCCGACGCCCUCAGGCCUACGGGUAUGCCCUGGAGGCUGCGGGCUGGAACUGACGUCAGAAAAUGACGCCAGAGAGCACUCGUGUAUCGCUGAGCUGCGCACAACAGUGGAGGUACUCAGAGCGGAAAUGACGUGUCGUAUGGAGGACCAGAGGAGAAAUCUGGAAGCCAGGCUUGAUGCACAAAGGGGUCACAUGGUACAGAGAGAAGCCGUCCUCCAAGGUCAAAUCGAGAGUUUGAAAACGGAAGUGAAGCGUCUGUCAGACCGCCUCAAGUCCCUCUUAGAUGCGGAGGUAGACAGGCGGAGAGAGUUAGACCGGAUGACGUCAGAGCGUGCAGAAAUUUUGGCCAUGCUGGCUGAGAUUCAGCGACUCCAGAAAGAAGAGCAAGGAUGCCAGCAUUGUUCUGGAGGGAAAAGCAAGGUCACUCCAGUGUGAUGUCACCGGGUUCAAAGGUCAAAGAUACCUUCAGUGGGGGGGACUUCUGGAUAUGCCUUUGAUUUGUCUAUGCAUGAGUAAACUGACGCAAUCUUCAGGAAUGCGUUUAAGGCUUCCUGAUGCCUUGAUUUUUGGGAAGCGAAACGUAGCAAAUGGUAUUUGCUCAUGAAAGAAAAGUGAAAAGAUAGACUUGACAAAAAUGAAAGACAGUUUGGCUUAAACAGUGGUGAACUUCAUGUCCCUCUUCUAAAAAUGGAAGCCUUCGUUGGGAAGUAGAAAAACAAACUGACUCCAGUGAUGAGUUACUGCAAAAUGUGCCUGGUUAUUAGAUGGACAGUUGACUUUUCCAUUAGAAAAAUCUGGUCCAAAAUAAAACGGUGCGCUCUGCAUUUUCCUUGGAAGCAUGAAGAGAAAGUGUGGCAUUUGUAAAUCUAAAUUUAAAAUCUAGUGCAUAUAUGGUAUACAUAAUAUGUAUGUGUGUGUCGGUCAAAUUCCAAAACCUCCGCGACUUUUGUACUGUGGCUGAUGUAAGUGGAAACAUUCCCUGCUCAUCUGCUAACUGGAUUAUGUGAAUUGUUGAAACAUGAGCUCAGAGUAAAACACUGACACACACUUCAGGGUGAGGUGCAAUAUCUGACCAAAGGUGUCAACGGACAACACAACACUGCUCACAUUGACAGGAUGACCCUGUUGUCUGAGAAUUGGGAGUGGAUCAUCUAUCGUUAAGGAUACAAAAUCUCCGAUACCAAUCCAUUGUUUUAAACG